GGUGGCGAUGACGCCGCCCCAAAACAGAGCGCUUCAUGUUUUUCGCCGCGCGCGCUCAAUUUCCAAUCAACGACACUGAAUUCCCUUCGAGUACAUUGCCAACCGCUUCGUUAAUAAUAAUUCCGAUUGGAUUUGCGCGCACGCGACGUUUUGUGCGUGCUAAUUGUCUGGCAAGUGCAGCGGUUUGACAUUUGGCGGCGUCGCGUAGGAAUCCAGCGCGCUGGACUCUGAUAGUCGUUAGUCGGUGGCGAAGAAGCCGCAGCGCGCACGAAAGACGGGCCAGAACGACCAUUUUGAAGUCAUCGCUCGCCGACGACGAGAGGGUGUCCGCCGGCUGCGUACACCGUGUGCAUCGCGAGCGUGCGUAGCGCGAGACGAUAACGAGAGCGAGUUAUCAAGAGCACGAAAGGGGCAAGAGGAGAAAAAAAACAGACAGACAAGUCAAACGCAGGCGGAGGAAUCGACCCGCCGGGGUGCUCUGUGUGCGUGAGUGACCUACUGCGCGGACUGCAGUCGAGGCAGUCGACGUCUUGAUCACACUGUGAACGGUCCGUGGAGAUCCGAACAACAUGUCGCUGCUGCCCAUCAAGUUUCAGGAGCACCUGCAGCUCACAAAUGUCGGCAUCAACCUGGCGAACAUCUCGUUCGCGUCGCUCACGAUGGAGAGCGAUAAAUUCAUCUGCGUGCGCGAGAAGGUCGGCGAGACAUCGCAGGUGGUCAUCAUCGACAUGGCCGAUCCGACCAACCCCAUCCGUCGGCCGAUUACAGCCGAGAGCGCCAUCAUGAACCCAGCAUCGAAAGUCAUCGCUCUCAAGGGUAAAUCCGGCGUCGAGACGCAGAAAACCCUGCAGAUCUUCAACAUUGAGAUGAAGUCCAAGAUGAAGGCGCAUUUGAUGACUGAGGAUGUGGUCUUCUGGAAGUGGAUCUCACUUAACUCCCUAGCGUUGGUGACAGAAACUGCUGUGUACCAUUGGUCCAUGGAGGGUGAUUCCACGCCGGUGAAAAUGUUUGAAAGGCACUCAUCGUUGAACGGUGCACAGAUAAUCAACUACCGCUGCGAUCCGAAACAGAACUGGCUGCUGCUCGUCGGCAUCAGCGCACAGCAGAACCGCGUCAUUGGCAACAUGCAGUUGUAUUCAGUCGAGCGUAAAUGCUCGCAGCCCAUCGAGGGCCAUGCCGCGUCCUUUGCCACAUUCAAAAUGGAAGGCAAUCCGGAACCAUCUACGCUCUUCUGUUUCGCUGUGCGUACGCCACAAGGUGGAAAACUGCACAUUAUCGAAGUCGGGCAGAGUCCGUCUGGUAACCAGCCCUUCCAGAAGAAGACCGUCGACGUAUUCUUCCCGCCCGAGGCGGCCAAUGACUUCCCCGUCGCCAUGCAGGUGUCCGCCAAGUACGACUGCAUCUAUCUUAUCACCAAAUACGGUUACAUUCAUCUGUACGACAUUGAGACAGCGACCUGUAUCUACAUGAACCGCAUCUCGAGCGAGACCAUCUUUGUCACUGCGCCGCACGAAGCCACCGGUGGUAUUAUCGGCGUGAAUCGCCGCGGGCAAGUGUUGUCUGUCUCCGUGGAUGAGGAGUGUAUCGUGCGAUACGUCAACACUGUCCUGCACAAUCCCGAUCUGGCGCUGCGACUCGCCGCGAGGAAUAAUCUCGCCGGCGCCGAGGAGUUGUUCAGCAGUAAGUUUCAGAUGUUGUUUCAGAACGGGCAGUACGCCGAGGCGGCCAAAGUAGCCGCGAAUGCUCCCAAAGGUAUCCUGCGUACGCCGUCGACCAUUCAGAUGUUCCAACAGGUGCAAGCGCCCAGCGGACAAAACAGUCCGCUACUGCAAUACUUUGGCAUUCUCUUAGAUCAAGGGAAGCUCAAUCGCUACGAGUCGCUGGAACUCGUCAAGCCUGUGCUCGUACAAGGCCGGAAACCACUCCUGGAGAAGUGGUUGAAGGACGAGAAGCUGGAAUGCUCCGAGGAGCUCGGAGAUUUGGUCAAGCAGGCAGAACCAUCGUACGCAUUAGCUGUGUAUCUACGCGCGAAUGUCCCAGCGAAGGUCAUUCAAUGCUUCGCCGAAACCGGACAGUUUCAGAAGAUUGUCAUCUACGCGAAGAAGGUCAGCUACACCCCGGAUUACAUCUACCUGCUGCGUUCGGUAAUGCGCACGAAUCCGGAGCAAGGCGCUGCGUUUGCUUCCAUGCUGGUCGCUGAUGAAGAACCACUCGCUGAUAUCAAUCAAAUCGUUGAUAUUUUCAUGGAGCAGAAUAUGGUGCAGCAAUGCACUGCGUUCCUGCUUGACGCGCUGAAGAAUAACCGCCCGACUGAAGGGCACCUUCAAACACGCUUGCUAGAAAUGAAUUUGAUGUCUGCGCCGCAAGUCGCUGAUGCGAUUCUCGGCAAUAGUAUGUUCACGCAUUAUGAUCGCGCGCAUGUAGCGCAGCUCUGCGAAAAGGCCGGACUCCUCCAGCGUGCUUUGGAGCAUUACACCGAUUUGUACGAUAUUAAACGUGCUGUGGUACACACGCAUCUCUUGUCUGUGGAUUGGUUGGUGGGUUUCUUUGGCACGCUGAGCGUUGAGGAUAGUUUGGAGUGUCUGAAGGCGAUGUUAACCGCCAACAUUCGUCAGAAUUUACAGAUUUGCGUGCAGAUCGCCACCAAGUAUCACGAACAGCUGACUACCAAAGCGUUGAUUGACCUCUUUGAGAACUUCAAGAGCUACGAAGGUCUCUUCUACUUCCUCGGCUCGAUUGUCAACUUCAGCCAGGAUCAAGAGGUGCACUUUAAGUACAUUCAAUCUGCUUGUAAGACUGGGCAGAUUAAGGAAGUCGAACGUAUUUGUCGCGAGAGCAACUGUUAUAAUGCGGAGCGCGUGAAGAACUUCCUCAAAGAGGCGAAGUUAACCGACCAACUGCCGUUGAUCAUCGUCUGCGAUCGCUUUGAUUUCGUCCAUGAUCUUGUCCUGUAUUUGUACCGCAAUUCCCUGCAGAAGUACAUCGAGAUUUACGUGCAGAAGGUGAAUCCAUCGCGACUGCCUGUCGUUGUCGGCGGUCUAUUGGACGUGGACUGCAGUGAGGACAUCAUCAAGAAUCUAAUUCUUGUUGUACGCGGACAGUUUAGCACCGAUGAGCUCGUGGAGGAAGUCGAGAAACGCAACAGGCUGAAACUAUUACUGCCGUGGUUAGAAUCCCGGUUCCAUGAGGGUUGUGUCGAACCAGCCACGCAUAAUGCUCUGGCCAAGAUUUACAUCGAUGCCAAUAAUAACGCCGAGCGCUUCCUCAAGGAAAAUCAAUAUUAUGACUCGCGCGUCGUUGGCAGGUACUGCGAGAAGCGUGAUCCGCAUCUUGCGUUCGUCGCCUAUGAACGCGGUCAGUGCGAUCGCGAAUUGAUCGCUGUUUGUAAUGAGAACUCGCUGUUUAAAUCCGAGGCGAGGUACUUGGUACGUCGUAGAGAUCCGGAACUCUGGGCGGAGGUGCUCAUUGAAUCGAAUCCCUAUCGCAGGCAGCUGAUUGAUCAAGUCGUGCAGACUGCGCUCAGCGAGACGCAGGACCCCGAGGAUAUUUCCAUCACGGUCAAGGCGUUCAUGACCGCUGAUUUACCCAAUGAGUUGAUUGAGCUGCUCGAGAAAGUCGUCUUGGAUAACUCCGUCUUUUCCGACCAUAGAAACCUGCAGAACCUGCUGAUUUUGACGGCGAUCAAGGCGGACACCACCCGAGUCAUGGACUACAUCAAUCGGCUGGAUAACUACGACGCGCCUGAUAUUGCCAACAUCGCUAUCAAUAGUCAUCUGUACGAGGAGGCGUUUGCUAUCUUCAAGAAGUUUGAUGUUAACACCAGCGCCAUCCAGGUGCUCAUUGAGCAGGUGAAUAACCUGGAUCGUGCGUAUGAAUUCGCCGAGCGGUGUAACGAGCCAGCUGUGUGGAGUCAGCUCGCCAAAGCGCAGCUGCAAGGCGGUAUGGUGAAGGAAGCCAUUGAUUCCUACAUCAAGGCGGAUGAUCCCUCCGCGUACAUGGCGGUGGUGGAGACCGCGAGCAAGAAUAACAGCUGGGAGGAUCUCGUGCGUUACCUGCAGAUGGCACGGAAGAAGGCGCGCGAGAGUUAUGUCGAAUCGGAGUUGAUUUACUCGUAUGCCAAGACCGGACGCCUUGCUGACCUGGAGGAGUUCAUCAGCGGGCCGAAUCAUGCGGAUAUCCAGAAGAUCGGCGAUCGCUGCUUUGAUGACAAGAUGUACGACGCGGCGAAGUUGUUGUACAACAAUGUGAGCAACUUUGCGCGCCUGGCGAUUACUCUCGUGCAUCUGAAGGAGUUCCAAGGCGCUGUGGAUGGCGCACGCAAAGCGAACUCAACGCGUACUUGGAAAGAGGUUUGUUUUGCCUGUGUGGACGCCGAGGAGUUCCGCCUGGCGCAGAUGUGCGGCAUGCAUAUCGUUGUCCACGCCGAUGAACUCCAGGAUUUGAUUAACUACUAUCAGGAUCGAGGGUAUUUCGAGGAGUUGAUUGGUCUGUUGGAAGCGGCGCUUGGUUUGGAGCGUGCGCACAUGGGCAUGUUUACUGAGCUCGCCAUCCUCUACAGCAAAUACAAGCCGGGUAAAAUGCGCGAGCACUUGGAGCUGUUUUGGUCACGCGUGAAUAUCCCGAAGGUGUUGCGCGCCGCUGAGCAGGCGCAUCUCUGGGCUGAGCUGGUGUUCUUGUACGAUAAGUACGAGGAGUAUGAUAACGCUGUGCUGGCGAUGAUGACACACCCCACCGAAGCAUGGCGUGAGGGUCACUUUAAAGAUAUCAUCACCAAGGUGGCGAAUAUCGAAUUGUACUACAAGGCGAUCCAGUUUUAUCUGGAUUAUAAACCGUUGUUGUUGAAUGAUUUGUUGCUGGUGCUCGCGCCGCGUAUGGAUCAUUCACGCGCGGUGCAGUUCUUCACCAAGACGAACCAUCUGCAGCUGGUGAAGAGCUAUCUGCGCAGCGUGCAGUCGCUGAAUAACAAGGCGAUCAAUGAGGCGUUGAAUAAUCUGUUGAUUGAGGAGGAGGACUUCCAGGGAUUGCGCACGUCGAUUGACGCGUUCGACAACUUUGAUAACAUUGGCCUCGCGCAGAGUUUGGAGAAGCACGAGCUGACUGAAUUCCGACGCAUUGCGGCCUAUUUGUACAAGGGCAACAACCGGUGGAAGCAGAGCGUCGAACUCUGCAAGAAGGAUAAGCUAUUCAGGGAUGCAAUGGAGUAUACGGCGGAGUCACGUCAGGGUGAGCUUGCUGAAGAACUGCUGGCGUGGUUCUUGGAACGCAAGGCUUUCGAUUGUUUCUCGGCAUGUUUAUAUCAGUGUUAUGAUCUAUUGCGACCUGACGUGAUACUGGAACUCGCAUGGCGCCACAAGAUUAUGGACUUUGCGAUGCCGUAUCUCAUCCAGGUGACGCGCGAGCUCUCUCAGAAGGUGGAGAAGCUGGAGCAGUCGGAUGCGCAGCGCGCGACUGAGGCGGAGCAGCACGAAACGAACAAGCCGAUGAUGAUGGCCGAGCCGCAGCUGAUGCUGACGGCUGGACCUGGCAUGGCACCUCCUCCCCCCUUCGACUCUUCACACUCUUCAAGCUACACUUUCUAGAACUAGAGUCUAGGGCAACUAUUGCAAUGUAGUUAAGUAUUCCGCCCGGUGCGCAAGGAUACGCGCCACAGCAACCGUACAUGCCGCAGCCCGGCUACAACCAUCAGAUGCAGUACCAGGGCUAUGGGAUGUAAGCUUCCUGUCUCCCCCGCCACACGCCAAGCCGAUUACCACUGAGAGAACAGACAAUAUUCAAUCAAAUGCUUUUUUCACCGAGUAAAGUGUUAGUACAUGUUGGUUGUCAACACCGCCUCAAAGCGCCUUAUCGAUAAUCGGCCCGAAACGAGAUCAUGCGCGAACUACGACGACGACUACGUUCAUUAUUAUUAUUAGUUUCGUCAAUAUUUUAACGUUAGUUAUGUUAUUUAUCAUUGCCCGCAGAAGACACACAUUCAGAAGAUACACUUUCCGCCCCUCAUACACACACGCAUAUACCGAACUUAAAAUAUUAUUGCAAAUAUUAACUUUAUUCUUUUAUCUUACAAUUUAAGAUUAUGCUGUUAUUCUAUGGUAGUGUUAAUCAAGUAAACAGAGUUGCAAGUCACUUGGACAAAAACGGAUUCACUUGGGUUUUUGCUUUCGUUUCAGUGGAGGAUGAGAUUGUAGGCAUUCCAAAACUAUGUAAUGUAUAUAAUAGAGAAAUGAAAUUACACACACAAAAAAACGAAGAAUAUAUUUCUAGUUGCAACUUAGAGGAAAAUUAACGUAACAAAAGAGAUGUCAACUCAUUAAUUAUUAAAUUAUUGAAAUCUAAAGUAUGGAUUAGCGAUUGAAAUGCGAAGCAAACGAGAAUGAAAUUACAAUUUUAAAAGAUUUAUGUAAAUAAUUGUAUUUCAAGAAAUUAUUAUAUGAUAGUAAAACGUACUAAA